AACAAUAGGUUCCCCACUCAUAACAAUUAUUUCUAAGAGUAAACAUGUCGAAAAUGAAGGAGGAACCGUCCUUAAUUUUGACUAAACUGAGAGAAUUUGAGAAAUGGAUGGGCUUUGAGACUGAGAUCAAGUGGCUGACGGCUUUUGUUGCGUUUAGUUAUCAUGUUCUUGCUGUCUACUGGUGUUAUCAUUACGCAUUGCCUGUGAAAUGGCAGAGCGUUAUUUUUGCGUAUGCUAUGGUCUGCUUCAGUGGGUUUGGCAUAACCGCCGGAGCGCAUAGAUACUGGGCACACAAGGCUUUCAAAGCUACCACACCACUGCGGAUUAUCAUGCUCCUGGGUUUCGCGUCUGCUGGCCAGAACACGAUAUAUCAAUGGGUUCGUAACCACCGUAUUCACCAUAAAUACAGUGACACUGAAUCUGACCCACACAAUCGGGAACGAGGGUUAUUCUUCUCUCACAUCGGUUGGCUUCUGAUGAAGAAGAAACCUGAGGUCACCAGCAAAGCCAAGGAGAUUGAUAUGAGUGACAUUGAAAACGAUGCGCUGCUUACUUGGCAUAGAAAGCACUUGGACAUAGUAAAUCCUUUAAUGACCUUCGUGAUCCCGACUUUAAUCGGUAUGGUACUAUGGGGGGAGACCUGGAAGGCAGCUGUGGCGUGGCAGUGCUGCAUUCGAUUCCUGUUUGUGUACCACAGCGAGCUGACCGUCAAUAGCUUAGGACAUACUAUAGGAUAUAAGCCUUAUGAUACGAGCAUUAAUCCAGCGGAGAACGCCAUCAUCUCAGCUUUGACCGGAGGCGAAGGUUGGCACAAUUUCCAUCAUUCCUUCCCAUUUGACUACAAGGCGGCGGAGUGGUCACAUACCUUCGACUUCACUACGGACCUCAUACAUUUCUUCGAGAAAUUCGGCUGGGUGUACGACAAGAGAGAGGUCACGAAAGAUUUUAUAAAGAAAUAUGCUGAACAGCACGCUAAGUUCAGUAGCUGAGACAAAGCGGUUGAAGUUGGUAUAUGUUUUAUGAUAUACGUAAUAUUGUAUUGUUCUUAAUUGUAGUAUUUAUUCAAAAUUAAAUGUUUUAAUCACUCAAAUAUAAAUUAAACAAUCAAA